AUGUUGUCACUGUCAGUUUUAAAACAAGUUUUAAUAAAACCUCAUUUAUCAAAGGCAAUAUCUACUUUUAGUAUAUUGAAACAGAAGGCGAGUGAAGAUCAGCCUGUUCUGGAAUACAGAGACAUUACAAAAGACCGCACUGAAAAGAUCCCUGUUGAAACUAGCAUUAAGUAUUUAAAAAGUGUAGCUUUUAAAAAAACAUACGAAGGCCAACCGGUAUGGGUUCUAUACAGAAGAAACCAUAAGGGAAUGUACCCCCCUAGGAAAACUAGGAAGACUUGUAUAAGAGGCGGACAAAUAUCUACAGGCAACCCAUGUCCCAUCUGUAGAGAUGAAUAUUUAGUUUUGCAUGAAGAAAAUAUCGAUUUAUUAAAACAGUUCAUAUGUCCACAUACUGGUAGUAUUCUAAGUUACGCAAAAACUGGUUUAUGUCAAAAGAAACAUCAGGAUCUUAUAGUUGCAAUUAAAAGAGCUCAUGAUAGAGGGUUAAUUACAUUUGAUGUUCCAUUUAGACAGUACGACUACUCGGAAUUUCUUCCUAAAACUUCGUAA